AUGUCUGAAAAGUUUAAAGAACUCGUUGAGGUUCCCCAAGAGUUCGUGAAGGAUGGCAAGCAAUUCUUGGUCCGCUGCACAAAGCCAUCACAAAAGGAAUUUGCCCAAAUCUGCAAGGCGGUUGCGAUCGGCUUCGCGGUCAUGGGAUUCAUUGGGUACUUCGUCAAACUGAUUCACAUACCGAUUAACAAUAUCCUUGUGGGCGGUGCAUGA